AUGAACCGUCUUCUGCAACAAUCCGUUUCGCGCGGAUCUCUGGCUGCUCGGACCGCCUCGACAGUCACUGUCAAGCCGCCAGCUUCAAAUCAGAUCACCCAAAAGAACGCGCAAUUCGACAAAGUGACUCACACCGGCCAAGUAAGCACACUCUUCUAUUUGUUGUGUUUAUCUUUUUUUUCCAUUUCAGGCCUGGGACCAGGCGGAUUACCGUCUCCAACGCUUCGAUACUUCCGCAAAGUCCGUCAAUCCGAACGUGGCGAUGCAUUUGAUCGACCAACGUCCGCCAGAGGACUGCGGAGAUAAGAGAGUCAUUUUCUGCGAUGGAGGACAUCCGGCUCUCGGACACCCGAAAGUCUACAUCAAUCUGGUGAGAUCUUUGACGUUGAUCUUCUAUUAACGUUCGCUUUUUAAAGGAUAAGCCAGGAGUGCACGCUUGCGGAUACUGCGGAAACCGAUUCUACAAUUCGCACGUCACCAAGGGAGACGAGCUUCAAAUUCAGCACCUCAACUGCUAA